CUCACUGCCCGUUGUGUUCCCUCAGUUGGAGUGGCAGACACACCCGCUGGGGUCAGCCUUUCAGACUGUGCCACGUGACGACUGGACGGUACCUGGGUCUGACAGAGGAGCGAGGCCUGCACCUGGUGAAUCGAGACAGAGCCGACGUCAACACGACCUCCUUCUGUUUCCGCUCCUCCAAGGAGAAGCUGGAGUCCAGCACCAAACCCAGUGCUGAUGGUAUGGGUGUCCCGGAGAUCAAAUAUGGAGAUUCCAAUUGUUUGGUUCAACAUGUUGACUCUGGGCUUUGGCUGACCUACCAAUCAUCUAGCGCCGUGUCAUCUCGUAUGGGAGUAACUCAGAGGAAGGCCGUUCUGCACGGCGAGGGCCACAUGGACGACGGGCUGACGCUGUCACGCUCUCAGACGGAAGAGUCCCACACGGCCAGACUCAUUCGCAGCGCUGUUCUUCUCUUUACUCGUUUCAUCAGGUAGUUAAUACUUUCUACAUACUCUCACAUAUUGACAAAUACUGCAUUUGUGGUGUAGUGUCGCGAUUAACCAUAAGGCUGAUCCUGAGCAGUAUUUAUUAAAGGCUG